AACUUAAUAACACAACAGCUAUCCGUUUCAUUAAAGUAAGUCGUUGAAGAAAGGGAAAUGAAGCGGCUUUUGCUUUUAUUCGGGGUUGUGGCAUUGGCGCAAUGUGGCCCGGUGGAAGAAGAGACGGUGGGCCGUAUGCUGGCUGGAACCCUGACUAAUUGCCUGAAGAGUGAUGUGACCCUGUGUUUGAAGGAGCAAGCUCUAAAGGCAGCCGAACGUCUGAGGACCGUCAGAGAACUGCAACUCACUGAAAACAUCGCCAUCAUCAACAAUGGACCUAAAGAAGCUAGGAGCCUCGAACCCCUGUCUACAGAACUGGAAGCCAGAAGGGAACAGGUCACUCAGCGACUAUGGACCACUGCUGCAGAGCUUAUGGAAAACUCUGACGUAGAAUACAGCUUCGAUGAUGGAUCUGAGGACGAGGAAGAGUCCAGGGCUAUUGGAGAUGAAGCCCGCAGCAAGAAGAAGAAGGAGAAGAAGAAGAAGAUCAAGCUAGUCCUAGCAAUGGCAGUGCUUGCUAAAAUCAAGGUUAUCGCCCUAGUCGUAUUAUUCUUGGGAGUGAUGGCGGCAUCUCUGUUCAAGAUCGCCGCGAUUGUCAAGAUCGCGUUCUUGGCAAAGAUCUUUGCGCUGAUCAAGGCGUUGUUGGCGAAGAAGCUGCAUCAUCAUCACGAGGAACAUGAGACGUGGAUCCCUCAUGUGGAGGAGCACUCGGUGCAUCACGCGGCGCCUGCUGGAUGGGACGCGGGGGCGGUGGCCAGCCCUGGCUGGGCCGGCGGUGGCGGCGGCGGCGCCUGGCAGAGAAGGACCGACGCGCAAAACCUCGCCUACUCCGCUCACAGAAAGUAAAGACCAAAAAGUUUGCAUGCAAGCGGCCAGAAUUAUUUAUUAAAACUAUUUAUGUGGAAUGUUUGAAUUUAGAAUGAAUGCGUGCUCUUUUGUUUUUGUUUUAAGUAAUUUCGCUUGUUUCUUUUCUGUCAUUUUAUGGCGCGGUGUUGUAAUCUGACUGAAAAGGAUUUGCUAGUGUAUUUGUGAUAGUAUUUUACUUACCUAUUUAUUUUAUGUUUAUUCGUUUAACAUCUUCAUUUUUAUCGUGUAAGUAUGUCUAUUGCUAUAAAUACUUGUAGCACUAAUACCAAAUAUCAGUUUUUUAUGUAAUAUUCUUAAUAUUAUUAUUUAAGUUAUAUUUAUUUAUAUGUAUAUGCGAUCUCCGGCAGUGAAUAUAUCUUAUGUAGGAAUAUAUUUUGUCUUUUAAGGAUUGUAUCGUGUAUCACGACUGUUUGUAUGUUUAUAUAUUUAUUGGCGUGAAUGAGUUUGUGUAUAUGAAAAUGUGUUCAUUUGAAGAAAUAAACGAUGUUAAAUUAUUGAA